CUACAGAUAUACACACAAGAAGCAUCCCGCGUUCGACUGCAUCGCAUCACAGCAUAUUCCCCCUUUUCUGCUUAUUUCUAUUUAGGGCUCAGAUUCCGCUAAUCUUCUCUAUCUUCAACAAGAUAUCAGCUUCUGCUAUCCAUCAAAACGUUCAGCCAUGGCAACCCCAGAUGUUUUUUUGCAGGGAGAACACGAUAUUUUCUCAUCGGCUUCUCGAUUUGAUCAUACGAAAGGCGAUGCGAAAUCCCGAGGAUUUGCGCUUGAGAAAAAAAUCGAAUAUCUUGAGAGCUUGAACGACAGAGUCAGCAACAGACGUGCACGAAGAUGGAUAAAUGAUCGUAUCUUGUUGGAGCUUGUACCUCGUUUGACUGGAGAUGAAAUUAGAGGCCUGUUUGCUCCACCACCUUGGGGUGAUGAGGCACAACCUUCACCCUUUUGCUUCACAAAUGUGGGGGAGUGGGACAAGUUUAGGAACAUAGACAUGGAUAAGGAGGCUGGUGCAAUAGAAGCACUUAAAGGUUCUUCUUCAUCAAAGAAGAAAAGCCGUGUGGAUGCUGAUAAGAUAGCUGCUUUGACUGCAUGGCACAGGGUUGACUGCAAAACUAGAGACGCAUUCCGCCGAAGCUUUCUUCCUGAACUUGUUAAUGGUUAUGAGGAGAGCAUUCGUGGCUUUGUCUCGGAGGCAGGUAAUGAGGAGGUUCUGGUGAUAUAUGUCCAAGACCCUUUCCAUAGGUUGCUACUUCAUGGUGUUUGUGAGUUCUAUAACUUGGUCUCAACAACCGAGACGGAAACAAAAGGGACAAAGGUUGUGAAGAUGACAAAAAUCAAGAAGAAGAAAGCGGGUAACAACGACCUCCCAAUCAUUACACUUUGCCAGUUUAUGAAAAUGGCAAAAGGCGGGUUCUGCUGA